AUGGUAUUUUGGGGCUCAUCGUUUCUAUAUCUUACUGUAAUAACGGGCCGCAGCUGGGCAUCAAGUGGUAUAGGCCUGGAGACAGCAAGGGUGCUUGCUUUUCGCGGGGUUCAUGCGAUCAUGGCAGUGAGAAAUACAGAUGCUGGCAGAGCUGUCAAAGUUGCAAUUCCUGAAGAAAUUCCUGCUGCUAAAAUUGAAGUCAUGGAGAUAGACCUCAGCGCAAUGGCAUCAGUGAGGAAAUUCGCUGCAGAAUACAAGGCCACGGGUCUUCCACUGAACAUUCUCAUAAACAAUGCAGGUGUCGCGACUCUUGACUUUCUGCUCUGUGAAGACAACAUCGAACUCCAUUUCGCGACUAAUCACUUGGGCCAUUUUCUUCUGACAAACCUAUUACUAGAGACGAUGAAAAAAGCAUCAGCAGAAACCCAUAUAGAAGGAAGAAUUAUGAAUGUUUCAUCACUGGCUCAUGGCAUUGUGUGCCAUGAAGGGAUACGAUUCGAUAAAAUCAAUGUGGAUAACAAGUUCAAAUAUGGCCAAUCAAAACUUGCUAAUAUAUUGCAUGGUACUGAGCUCUCGAGGCGCUUGAAGGAAGAAGGGGUGCUAAUAACUGCUAACUCACUUCAUCCUGGAAUUAUUGUUACAAAAAUUUUUCGCCACUCAAAGUUCCUCUCUGGUUUAUUUAACAAGAUUGGCAAAUUUGCCUGCAAGAGUGUUCAACAGGGAGCUGCAACUACAUGCUAUGUGGCAUUGCAUCCACAAGUUAAGGGAGUUAGCGGAAAGUACUUUGCAGAUUGUAACUUAUCCCAAUCGAGUUCUCUGGCCAGAGAUCCAGAAUUAGCCAAAAAAAAACUGUGGGAUUUCAGCUUGAACUUGACAGCUCCCCCAACUGAUGUCUAUCACUGCUGA